ACAAGCCCACCUUACGAAAAUAAAAGCCAUUGGACUCGCCGGAGCAACCCGCGGGGUCAGCCGACCGCCGCUCACCCCCGCCGCCGGGGUCGGCGUAGAAGGCGUCCCGAUGUCAGGCCUCUCCGCCGCUCCACCACUUGCUCCGCCGCCGGCGCCGGCUCCGCUCUUCAAGCAGAAGUCGUGGUCCGCCGACGCCUACCGCGACGAGGCGUGGCUGAGGCGCAAGGGCAACCACCGCCGCCGCAGCAGCCGGCGUAGCAAGAGCGUUACCGACGAGGACCUCGACGAGCUCAAGGCUUGCAUCGAACUCGGGUUCGGGUUCGACUCUCCCGAGGUGGAUCCGCGCCUCUCCGAUACCCUGCCGGCUUUGGGCCUCUAUUACGCCGUCAAUAAGCAGUACAACGACACCGUUUCGUCGUCUUCCACGGCGUCGGGAUGCGACUCACCGCCUUCCAUGGGUAGCCCUCACACCAUAUUCGGUCCCGGUGACAAUCCUCAGACGGUGAAGACGAGGCUGAGACAAUGGGCACAAGUGGUGGCUUGUUCGGUGCGUCAAUUUUCUUCCGGCUGACGAUUGAUGAAAAAACAAAAGAAUCCAAACUUGUUUGAUGCGAAUAUCAUCAUAAUCGUUUCCCACCACAAUCUCCGGCUUUGUUUGGUGACCUGUAAAAUGGAAACUCAAGCAAAUGAGUGAGAGAAAAAAGAAAAGAAAAGAAAAGAAAAGAAAGUGCCGGCGGAUGGGGAUUGACUUUUUCUUGGCUUUGCGUUCGUAGGGCUAAUGUAUGACUUCUUUGUUGGUUUGUUCGGUUCUCGUCCUGCACCGUGACACUGCUUACAUUUCAUGUUUGAAAUGCAUUCUGAUGUAAAAAGGUCAAAAGUUGUUUAAUUUGGUUGGGGAUGUUCUAUUCUUCUAACCUUUUUCUUUUUAA